AUGGUACCAGCGAGGCGCAAUUAUGAAAUAGACAGCAACCUUCAAAUCAUUACGUGGCUAUUCGACAUCCCCGGACACUCCACCGCCGAGCGCCCAUCCUCCUCGCGUAGCAUCACAUCACGACCGUCACGGACACCCUCGCCGACACGCAAACGCCGGCGGCGACCCGCUAGUAGCAACAGCGGUGGAUUGCCCACGUAUACCUACCCUGAUGCCCAUAUCUAUUCUACCCAUCUUGAUAACACCUUUCGGUCGCCGCCGGCUUCGAGAAGGAGCAUGUCCGAUGAUGCGGGGCCCGAGCUGCUCACUCCCCGAUCUAAGAGACAGAAAGUCACGUCAGCGGAAGAACAUCAGGAUAAAGAUAACGAGAGGAGUGCGGUCAUCGCUGGAGAUGAUGACGAUGUAGAUGGAGAACCCACGCCGCGUGUGAGGAAGACGCCAAGUGUGGCGGUGUCGUCGUCGUCGCACAAAGCCCCGAGCGGCAGUUCUGCUUUCGGGUCGGGGACGUCAUCUCCGACGAAGCAGUUCGAGGGCAUCGCGCUCAAGGACGAUGGCAUCGAGAAGAAGACCCUCCAGAAGGGCGUCCCCGGCGUGCCCGACGCACUCAACCGAUUGUUGGACGCCCUCGAAGACGUGGCGGACGGUUACGGUAUCAUCUCUCCAGCCGAUAAGCCACAAUUCGAGGCGCGGGCUGCGACAGAUCCCACCUUUCCCAAACUGCGAGACGUCAUGUUUGACGAUGGCCCGACACGCGACCACGGCCUGCCUCCGACGCCUCCGCUGGACGCGGUCCUCAACGUUGCCGCUUGGGCGAGGCGCUGCAGCGAGUCGAACGCGCACGAGGAUACCUGCAAUACCUACGUGCAUUUCCCUCUAUUGGCCCUGUCCGUCUACGGGACGCAGCUGCGGCCGCAGCUCAUGAACGUGGACAUGUGCACCCACGCUGACGUAAUCCGCGAGUACCGCUACCUCCCCAUCCCCUCCAAGCGCGUCGACUUUGUGCUGCACUGCCGGCCCGCGUCGUGCGCUGCCGCCGCCGACGAUCCCGAGCGCGCCGUCAGCCAUGCCAUUGACAAGGUGCGCGCGGGCCGCCCGCUGCUGUCCAUCAACCACACCGACUUGCAGGGUCUCAACGACGCGCCCAUCUGCACCUCGAUCGAGACCAAGCGCCAGCAUCGUUCGAGCGACGCCGCCGAGCUGCAGAUCGGCGUGUGGCACGCGGCGCAGUGGAAGAUGCUGCAGCAGAUGGCGGCGCCGCGUCGAGGUGGUCUUGGUGGGUGCGCGUUCCUGCCGGGCGUGAUCAUCGCGGGCCACGACUGGUACUUCGUGGCGACGACGCGCGAGGGCGACAAGACGAUCCUGUGGUCCGAUUUUUUGUUUGGCUCGUCGAAGAGUGUGAUUGGGCUGUAUAAGAUCAUCCGCGGGCUGCAGUAUCUCGUCCGCGACGGACUCACACGGUAUUGGCCCUGGUUCAAGAGGACUGUUCUCGAUCUGGACCUUCCCUCCAGCAGCGCUGAUCAAGGGUGA